CAAGCUGCAGAUGUAAAGAACGAGGUUAUUGGUGAAACUGUUUAAAAGGGGAACUCCCUUAGAAGGAAUAGAUCAUGGCAGACACGGAGGUUCAUGCCGCCAAUCCUCCGCCUCACAUACUUGGUUACACCAUCCGUAGUCGCACGAGGAUUUGGGUUUCCUACAUAGUGCCAACUUGUCUGGGUCUCCUGGUUUACAUUGUUCAAACGUCCUCGGACUUGGCUCUAAGUUACCAGCACUUCAGCCAGAAGGAGCCGGGCUUUGGAGCCGGCACUCUGGUCCUGGUGAUUCUUCCCCCGCUGAUCACCUUCCUCCUGGUGGCGGCUUCUAAGGAGCAGCGAGAUUGCGCCUGCUCCGAGCGGAAUAAAUGCAGUGCCCUUGGCAUUGGACUGCUCAAGCUCUUGCUAUUCCCGUUUUUUGUGAUUUACAGGUUUUGUACGCGCUUGUUUUGGGCCAUCGAGGGACUCUUCCACGACGACGACGAUGUGGAGCGCAUGAAGUGCUUGGCCAAGGCAACGGAAACCUCCAACAUAGAGCUUUACCUAUUGGUCCAGGCCUAUGCACAGGCAGCUCCGCAGAUCAUCCUGCAGCUUUACUACAUGCUUGAUCAGGAUAUGUUCAGGAACUACGAGACUUCUGCCGUUCAGGCCCUAUCCCUGGUAUUCUCCGCCAUCGAUCUGGCUGCCAUAACCACCAGUUAUCAUCGGAUUGAAAGCCAGCGAAGGGUGGGUCGCCAUUAUCCUUGGGCGACGCCCCAACAGAUUGCCACUCAUCGCUGUCACCUGGAGCAGAAUGAGCGUCUCUGCUGCGAAGCUGCGAGGAAGAAGCGGGAGUCCGAGAGGACCAUCACCAGUUUCCCGGAAUCGGACAAGAUCAUGGAGAACUUUAGGGCACGCCGUUCACUGCCCAAUUCCGGUGAAGCCACCCAUGAGUUGCACAUUCAGGGGGAAGAUGAGGUGGACAACGAUGCCUUGGAGCAGCUGGAAACUCGAGCACUGCUUCACUCCGGACCACGGGAUAAUGCCACGGAUGAGGAGAAGAUACAGGGCACAAGGUUCAAACUAAAAGUUCGAUACGAGGAUCUGGGAGACCUCGAUACCAUUGAGGUGUUGGACAGCAUUCCUGAGACACCGGCGCCACCACCUCCUCCAAAAACAGCGCCACCCGAGUUGCCUGUUCUGAAACCCACUGAAGAUGAUCCUCCCACUCCCGAUUUGCGACGCACAAUGUCGGAUACGGAGCACCGCAAGAGUCGACGGGUCACCCGACCUCUGUCCCAGUUGGAGACCUUCAAGGACAUGCUGCUGGUCAACGCUCAGUUGUACAUCAAAGAGAAGGUUCCCCACCCGCCCAAGUUGCUGAUGGGCAGGGUCAAGGAGGAGGAGCCCGAGGAGCGGAGUAUAUUGAUUCCACAGUCACCCAAGGCGUCUCCUUUGACGCCCAAGGACGUGGUGGACUUUUAUUUCCCGAGACCCACUAAAAUACUUAACGGCAUCCAGCAGGAUGACUUUGCGGGUAGAACGGUUUCCUUCUUCGGUUGGAUCGCCUUCAUCACCAUGCGGAUGCUGGCUCUGUCCACCUUCUGUGUCUUCUAUCCGCGGGCUUUCUUUAUCCUUAUUGGAGUACAUUAUGCCCUGAUGCUCGGCUGCCUCGCCCUGGAGACCCGCUGUCGUGGUAGCUGGAGUCGCAACCUGUUCCUCCUGCUCCUCGCCUACAUCUACAUCUUUGUGCUACUGGAGUUCCGGGUGUGCUUCAAGAACAUUCGUCUGUGGUACGGGGGUUACCUGGUGCUCACCCUCGUGGAGAACGUUACCAUAUCCUCGAUUUGGUACGCCAACGAGGAGUUCGAGUCCUGGUGGUUUGGCUUCAUCUGGGAGUGGAUCGUCUACAGUGGAGUCCUAUUCCUCGCCACCCUAAUCGUUUACUACUGUAUACUCCGACCCAAGGAGGUGUCCUUGAUAGUGGAAGACGAUUCGCCAGCGGAAGCAGAAGGAAAUCCAGAGGAGCAAUCCGUUGCCUAGCAAAAACCGUUUAGUUUGUUUUAUCGAAGUAGCUUGUAAGUCGUCAGUCGGCCACUGACAAACGAAUAAAUUAUUUAACUUAGUA